AUGGCCGACUUGCUGAGCACUUUUUUAGUUUCUCUUAUUGCAGGCGGAUUCGCAGGAUGUGCAGUAGAUCUCGCCUUAUUCCCUUUAGAUGCAAUUAAAACUCGGCUAAUGGCAAAUGCCAGUGCUAAACUUGAAUUCACAAAAAUCUACAAAGGAUUGUCUAUGGCAAUGGCAGCAUCUUUUCCAUGUGCAGCAACAUUCUGGGCCAGCUAUUGCUCAAUGAAAUGGAUUCUUGAAAAUUAUAGAAGUUUCCUAUGUUUGGCGCUGUAAGGCCGAUAAAUUCUGAUCGGAAUUUAUCGGUUGGUUGCACCAAAUCAAUGCCUUGGUCGGACCAAAAAGCGAUUUAGUCCGACGAACUUGGAAAGCUCCUGGGAAAAUGUCUGCGCUUUCAGCGCUAUAUAGAGGAAACCUCUAUAUGGAUUUUCAAACUCUCCAGCAAUGGUUCACUUCCUAUCAGCAGCUUUUGGAAGUGCUUGCACAGCAUGCGUUAGAAAUCCUUUCGAAGUUGUUAAAAGUCUCUUACAAGUGGGUGCUUAUAAAUCUGUUGAAACUGCAUGACAAGGUAUCGUUAAAACUAAAGGUCUCGCUGGACUUUAUGUAGGCUUGCUAUCUUUAAUAUAUAGAGAAAUCCCUUUUGACGCUGUUCAAAUGACUAUAUAUGAAUAUUUGAAAGGCUCUGAUUACGGUGGUAGUGAUCUAAGUUUAUACCGGCAUUUGAUAAACGGCGCAAUUGCCGGUGGUUUUGCAGCUUUUAUCACUACACCUAUAGAUGUCGCAAAGGUAAGAAUCCAAACUGAUAAAGGUGAUGGCAAAUAUAAGUCUUUCUUGCAAACAAUUAAGCUUAUAUAUACAAGUGAAGGUCUUCUGGCAUUAUGAAGUUCAUGGAAAAUCCGUGUCCUUUACAUUACUGUCGGUGGCAUGAUGUUUUUUGGAACCUAUGAAACAGUCAAAGCAGAAAUUACGAAAUUUAUCUAA